AUGUUGCUGUGGUCUGUAUGGACUACGAUAUUGCUACUGACCCCGCUGUAUGCUGCAGAGGAGGCGGAUGAUGUCCGAGCAGGCUGCAGCACAGCAGUAAAUGACCUAGUCUACAUUGUUGAUGGCUCAUGGAGUGUUGGCGUCCAUGACUUCGAGAUAGCCAAGCAGUGGCUUAUCAACAUCACCAGCCAGUUUGAUAUCAGUCCCCACUACACACAGGUGGCUGUGAUCCAGUACAGUGACACUCCUCGUCUGGAGUUUCCUCUGGGGAAGAAACAGGGUGAAUCAGACCUCAUCCAGGCAUUACGAAGCAUCACCUAUCUGGGAGGAAACACACAGACGGGCAGAGCCAUCAAGUUUGCUGUGGACCAUGUCUUUCCCUCUUCCCAGCGAGUCAGCCAAGUUAAGAACCGCAUUGCUGUGGUGGUCACUGAUGGCAAAUCUCAGGAUGACGUGGUGGAUGCCAGUGUGGAGGCACGAGCUGAGGGCAUUACAUUAUUUGCUGUUGGAGUUGGCAGUGAGAUCACCACCUCGGAGCUGGUAUCCAUCGCCAACAGACCAUCCUCCACCUAUGUCCUGUAUGCUCAAGAUUACACCAACAUUGACCGUAUCAGGGACUCUAUGGAGCAGAAACUCUGUGAAGAGUCUGUGUGUCCAACGCGAAUCCCGGUGGCAUCUCGGGAUGAGAAAGGCUUUGAGCUGAUGGUGGGCAUGAACAUUCAGAAGAAGGCCAAGAAGAUAACUGGCUCCCUGGUGUCUGAGGCAGCCUUCUCCCUUACUGCCUCCACAGACAUUACUGAGAAUACCAGGGACAUUUUCCCAGAAGGCCUUCCUCCAUCCUAUGUAUUCGUUGCCACCCUACGUCUAAAGCGGUCUUCUAGCAAAUUGACCUUUGACCUCUGGAGGGUGCUGUCUAAGGAUAAGGAGAUCCAAGCUGCAGUGACACUGGGUGAAAAAGACAAAAGUGUCACUUUCACAACCACUAGUAUAACAAACACCAACCAGAAAGUCAUCUUUAAAAGCAACCUUGAGAGUCUGUUUGAUGGAAAAUGGCAUCAGCUCAAACUCAUAGUGAGGCCUCACCAGGUCACCAGUUUUCUUGAUGAUCAAAUGAUCCAGGAAGUAAUGUUGGAGCCAGUGGAGCCCAUUUAUAUCAAUGGGGAGACACAGGUGGCUAAGAGGCGAGGAACAGACAUCACAGUGCCUGUGGACAUUCAGAAGCUGCGUCUGUACUGUGAUCCUCAUCAGAGUGAGAGAGAGACAGCUUGUGAGAUCUACUCUGUGGAUGAUGAAAGGUGUUCUCUGAAUCGAACAGUCUCAGAGGAAGAGGAAGACUGCAACUGUGCAGUUGGACCACCAGGGCAGCGUGGCCUGCCAGGACGCAUGGGUUUCCGAGGGGAAAAAGGGAGGGAAGGACCACCAGGACCUGAUGGUAAGCCUGGUAAAAAUGGGAAAUCUGGUGAAUCUGGCCCUCCUGGAUUACCAGGCGAGAAGGGUGAAAAUGGCCUAGCAGGACCAAAAGGGGAGCCUGGUCUUAAAGGAGAUAAGGGAGAAAGAGGGGAGCCAGGUUUGCUGGGAGAACCAGGACCCCCAGGACCCAAGGGCCUUCCUGGUGAGGGGGGCGAGCCAGGACCUCCAGGAGAAGCUGGAUCAUUGGGGGAGCCAGGACUACCGGGCAUCAGAGGACUGGCUGGGACACCAGGAAGAAAGGGAGCCACUGGAGAUCCUGGGCCGACUGGUGCUGCUGGUGCUCAAGGUGCUCCGGGAGAGCAAGGGUUGCCGGGGCUGCAAGGACCACCUGGAACAAAUGGAACACUGGGGCCCCCAGGGCCGCCCGGAGAGAUCGGCCGAGAUGGUCCCAAGGGAAAGUGUGGCGAUCCAGGGGGAGCUGGUGCUCUUGGUCCACCAGGACAAAAGGGAUCAGCAGGAGAGCCAGGUUUUCCAGGGCUUCCGGGUUCCAUGGGGCUUCCGGGGUUCAAAGGCCAUAAGGGGGAGCUGGGAGAGACAGGCUCCAAAGGAAACCAGGGAGAACGCGGCAGAGAUGGAGAAUCAGGGACUCCUGGUAUACCUGGCGAAGUGGGACCCAGGGGAAGGAACGGAGAGAAAGGAUUGACAGGGGAUGUGGGGCCCAGGGGACCUGAUGGAAAGAAAGGAGACAUGGGCCACAUGGGUCAUAUGGGUGCUGUUGGUCCCAGGGGAUUUCCAGGCCAGGAUGGAUUGCCAGGCCAACCAGGCCAACCAGGAUAUCCUGGGAAGCCUGCCAAGCCUCCCUCAGAUGAACAUCUUCUAAAGCUCUGCUCUGAUGUUCUGCGUAACCAACUCCCAGCAUUGCUUCAGUCCUUGGCCCCCCCAUCUAGAUGUGAACCCUGCCACAGCAUGAAGGGGCCUCCAGGUACGCCAGGAGCACCAGGAACCAAAGGCUCCAUGGGAAUUCCAGGCUACCCUGGCAGGAGUGGUGCUCAAGGUUACCCAGGACCUCCUGGAAUGCAGGGCUCCUCAGGCCUUAAAGGUGACAUGGGACCAAGAGGGCUCAAAGGCAGCAAAGGAGAAGGUCACACUGGACCUCCAGGACCACCUGGACAGGCAGGGGUUCAGGGUCGUCGUGGCUUCGAUGGAAUCGGCCAUCCAGGCAACGAGGGAAUUCCUGGGAAACCGGGGCCCCCAGGUGAACCUGGUAAACGGGGCAACCCGGGGGUUCCAGGGAUUUGUGACAUCUCCAUGUGCUAUCAGACCUACAACCUCAGGGAACAUUACAGCAAAGGUCCUAAUGUCUGAUGACAUUGGGUGGCAGUGUGGAGGGGCUGCUAUUGGUUAAACACCCACGUGUU